GAGCGGGAGCGGCCCGGGGAGCCGGAGCGCACCAUGGAGGCGGCGGCGGGUGGCCGCGGCGGCUUCCAGCCGCACCCGGGGCUGCAGAAGACGCUGGAGCAGUUCCACCUGAGCUCUAUGAGCUCGCUGGGCGGCCCGGCCGCCUUCUCGGCGCGCUGGGCGCAGGAGGCCUACAAGAAGGAGAGCGCCAAGGAGGCAAGCGCGGCUGCCGUGCCGGCGCCGGUGCCCGCGGCCGCGGAGCCGCCGCCCGUGCUGCACCUGCCAGCUAUCCAGCCGCCGCCGCCCGUGCUCCCCGGGCCCUUCUUCAUGCCGUCCGACCGUUCCACCGAGCGCUGCGAGACCGUGCUGGAGGGCGAGACCAUCUCGUGCUUCGUGGUGGGCGGCGAAAAGCGCCUGUGCCUGCCGCAGAUCCUCAACUCGGUGCUGCGCGACUUCUCGCUGCAGCAGAUCAACUCGGUGUGCGACGAGCUGCACAUCUAUUGCUCGCGCUGCACGGCGGACCAGCUGGAGAUCCUCAAAGUCAUGGGCAUCCUGCCCUUCUCGGCGCCCUCGUGCGGGCUCAUCACCAAGACGGACGCCGAGCGCCUGUGCAACGCGCUGCUGUACGGCGGCGCCUACCCGCCGCCCUGCAAGAAGGAGUUGGCCGCCAGUCUGGCUCUGGGCCUGGAGCUCAGCGAGCGCAGCGUGCGUGUGUACCACGAGUGCUUCGGCAAGUGCAAGGGGCUGCUGGUGCCCGAGCUCUACAGCAGCCCGAGUGCCGCCUGCAUCCAGUGCCUCGACUGCCGCCUCAUGUAUCCCCCGCACAAGUUCGUGGUGCACUCACACAAGGCGCUGGAGAACCGGACCUGCCACUGGGGCUUCGACUCGGCCAACUGGCGGGCCUACAUCCUGCUGAGCCAGGACUACACGGGCAAGGAGGAACAGGCGCGCCUUGGUCGCUGCCUGGACGACGUGAAGGAGAAGUUUGACUAUGGCAACAAGUACAAGCGGCGGGUGCCCCGGGUCUCCUCCGAGCCCCCGGCCUCCAUCCGGAAAACAGAUGAUGCCUCCUCCCAACUCCCUACGUCUUCUGAGAAGGACAAACAGUCUGGCUGGCUGCGGACCCUGGCCAGCUCCAGCAAGAGCCUUGGCUGCGUUCACCCUCGCCAGCGCCUCUCUGCUUUCCGACCCUGGUCCCCUGCAGUGUCCACGAGUGACAAAGAGCUCUCCCCGCACCUCCCGGCCCUGAUUCGAGACAGCUUUUACUCCUACAAGAGCUUCGAGACGGGUGUGGCCCCCAAUGUGGCCCUGGCACCGCCGGCCCAGCAGAAGGUCGUGAGCAGCCCGCCAUGCGCCACCGUGGUCUCCCGGGCCCCCGAGCCUCUGGCCACCUGCCUCCAGCCACGGAAGCGGAAGCUGACCGUGGACACCCCCGGAGCCCCGGAGACGCCAGUGCCCGUGGCCGCCCCGGAGGACGAGCGGGACUCGGAGGCUGAGGUGGAAGUGGAGAGCAGGGAGGAGUGUACGUUCACCUCCUCCCUGUCUUCGCUCUCCUCCCCAUCCCUUACCUCAUCCAGCUCCGCCAAGGACCUGAGCUCCCCCGGCGUGCAUGCCCCACCCGCCGCGCCCGCCGCCCCCGAGGCUGCGGCCCCUGCUGACAGCUCGAGCGGCGGCCUGGAGGCCGAGUUGGAGCACCUGCGGCAGGCCCUGGAGGGCGGCCUGGACACCAAGGAAGCCAAAGAGAAGUUCCUGCACGAGGUGGUGAAGAUGCGCGUGAAGCAGGAGGAGAAGUUGAGCGCCGCGCUGCAGGCCAAGCGCAGCCUCCACCAGGAGCUGGAGUUUCUGCGUGUGGCCAAGAAGGAGAAGCUGCGGGAAGCCACGGAGGCCAAGCGCAACCUGCGGAAGGAGAUCGAGCGCCUCCGAGCUGAGAAUGAGAAGAAGAUGAGAGAGGCCAACGAGUCCCGGCUGCGCCUGAAGCGGGAGCUGGAGCAGGCGCGUCAGGUGCGGGUGUGUGACAAGGGCUGCGAGGCCGGCCGCCUGCGCGCCAAGUACUCGGCCCAGAUUGAGGACCUGCAGGUGAAGCUGCAGCACGCGGAAGCGGACCGCGAGCAGCUACGGGCUGACCUGCUUCGGGAGCGCGAGGCCCGGGAGCACCUGGAGAAGGUGGUGAAGGAGCUGCAGGAGCAGCUGUGGCCGCGGCCCCGCCCCGAGGCUGCGGGCAGCGAGAGCACUGCCGAGCUGGAGCCCUAGCGGAGCCCACUGUCUGCCGCCAAGGUGCGGACGCCGCAGGGAGCGGGCGGGCGGGCGGCCCACGCCAGCGGGGGCUGGGGGGGGGGCUCUGCGCGCCGGCGGGCCCACCCCCACGUCCACAUAGCACAACGUCUUACUGUGCCUAUAACCAAGCGAGUGUUUGGAACCACAUACUUUUGGAAUCCACUGCAAAAUUUUCUACUGGCCAAGUUCAAGUGCGCAAGCCGGGUUCCCAGCCGCAGCCGGAGCCAAGGGCUCCGCGCCUGCAGCGGCCCUCUGCUUGCUGGAACGUUCUAACAUUUACAUUUUUGUUAUAAGCUAUUUAAAACCAAUAAGAAGACUUGAUACUCAGAAAAAUCAACAGGUUUUUUUUAAUGACUAACUUUUAAAAGCCCCACCAACACGUGACGCCAUCCGAGGACCUGCUAAGGGAGCCGGGGUGCAGCCGCCCCGCCCCGCGAAGCCAUCGCAGCUCGUCCGUGGCCGCGAGAGGACAGGGAGGGUUUUCUCCAGAGUCUAUUUUUUCAGCGACGAGGACCCAGGCCUCCUGUGCUGCUGCCGGGAAGAGCAGGGAGGGCGCAGGGAGCCGGGCCGCCUGACCGCCCGCCUGCCCACCAGGCAGCCCCCGGGAGGGGGGGGCAGUGAGUGCCGGGCCCGCUCCGCCUCGGCCGCCCUCCCCGGCCCGCUCUUGUCGCGUCGGGACUGAGGCUGCAGCGUUGGAACAAAACAGCAUUACUUCACUUUUUUUUUCUUUUUUUUUGUUCAUUUAAACGUAUAUUUAGAACUGCACUUUGUCAAAAAUCUUCCCUUCUCUUUUUAUUCCCCAGUUAACUGAGGUUUUUACUUUUCAAAUAUUGCAAACCCAUUUAUAGAGCAGUCCACAUCCUAAGUGCUCGAGUGUUUAGAAACCCCCUCUGGUGCUUGGUUGAACAAGGGAAUCACAAAACGAAAAUGCAAAAACUGAACUUCGGGGGGUAGUUCUGUGCCUUCCAGCAUCUUGUACAGCAAAUCCUGACUCGUCUUUUUACCCCCGAGACACCUGUCUUCAGACUGAAUCUGCCACUAUCAGAAUAAGUUACUUGCAUUUAUUCCAAAUAAUCUCGUUUACUCUCAACUGUUCAUGCAAAUUGUAUAAGGUUUUUUAUGCCCAAGCUUGAAAAAUGAUUUCCCAGUAGACGAGAGGCGGCUACCCAUCCUGAAAUUAUGGUAUUUAUGUACAUGAGAAAGAUCUUACCAGAAUUCUUUGCUUGACCCCGUUCUAACGCCGAGGCAGCUGUGAGCGCGGACGGAGGUGGAGAGUGCUGGCCCAGGUGCAGGCGCCGCCCGCCGUCACGACCAGCAGAGGCUUGGUGACCAUGUCAUCUGCAGGGUUCUCGCCCAUGGUUUACUGGGGGGGAGGGGCGCAGGUGCUGCUGGACCCCCCUUCUAAAGUGCAAUGCAAAAGGGACACCAUAUAUAUGCAGCGUUUGUUUGGAUUUUUUUUUUUUUUUUUGCUUUUGUUUUUUUUGCAGUUACGAAAUCUGUAUGCAUGGAAUGUUAAACCUCUGCCGUAUGUAUACCCAUUGAUGGGCAUUAUUACCGGGUCCUGGAAGGGGCCGGUCGUGCUACACAACACUCAGAAUGCUGUGUUCAGCCUUGUUUUUCCAGAGUUGUGUUUUUUCAGUCAUUU